CUGUUGUGGUCAGUAUUAAUAUAAAAAAAAAAUUCACUGAACCUCACCACUUCGUCGCUUGCUAUUUAAUGUGGUAAUAAUUGAGUUUGUUCCAAUUUGAGAAGAGUGACAGUUAAAGUUGUGAGGAAGAUUUGAUAAAGAAGUUAAAAAAUAAAAAUAAAAAAGGUAAGAUGGCCCCGCGUGAUGAAAGUCACAUAUCCUGGAUAUAUGUAUACCUGUCAUGAUCCUGAAGGAGCCGUACUCACAGUAAUUACGUCUGCAAAAAUUGAAUACAAUUAACCAAGGUAGACGAAACUCAUUCACUCGCAUCAUAUAGUAAUCAAUAGUGUGUCACCUUUUUCACGUUAUAUAAUCUAUUGUGAUGCACCACCCCUCCCUCACUCAUUCAUUGUUUUCUUCUCACUAUCACUAACAAGUAACAAUGCAGCUAAUAACAGACCUCAUUCUCCUGGCUCUGGCCUUCCUCUUCCUCCGCUGCUGGUGGCGCUACUGCUCCACCACCGGCGCAGGGCCCAAGAACCUCCCGCCAGGCCCGCCGGGGUGGCCCGUCGUCGGGAACCUCUUCCAAGUCAUCCUGCAGCGCCGCCACUUCAUCUACGUGGUCCGCGAUUUACGUAAAAAGUACGGCCCCAUCUUCAGCAUGCAGAUGGGCCAGCGCACGUUGAUCAUCGUGACCAGCGCGGACCUGAUCCACGAGGCCCUAAUCCAGCGAGGCCCGCAGUUCGCGAGCCGGCCCAAAGACUCCCCCAUCCGGCUCCUCUUCAGCAUGGGGAAGUGCGCCAUCAACUCCGCGGAGUACGGCCCGCUGUGGCGCACUCUGAGGAGAAACUUUGUGAGCGAGAUGAUCAGCCCGCUGCGGAUAAAGCAGUGCGGGUGGAUACGAAAAUGGGCCAUGGAGGCCCACAUGAGGAGGAUCCAGAAGGAGGCCCGGGAGUUGGGCUUGGUGGAGGUGAUGAGCAACUGCAGACUCACCAUCUGCAGCAUCCUCAUCUGCCUCUGCUUCGGCGCCAAGAUCGAGGAGAACCGAAUCAAAAGCAUAGAGAGCAUUCUGAAAGACGUCAUGCUCAUCACGCUUCCCAAGCUUCCAGACUUCUUGCCCGUUUUCACGCCCUUGUUCCGCCGCCAGGUCAAGGAAGCCAAGGACCUCAGGAAGAGACAGGUUGAGCUCUUGGCGCCGUUGAUUCGCAACCGCAAGGCUUACGUCCAGGGCAAGUUCGAGGGUGCUCACAUGGCCAGUCCUGUUGGCGCUGCUUACGUGGACUCCUUGUUCGGCUUGGAGGUUCCCGGUCGUGGACGCUUGGGGGAGGAGGAGCUUGUCACGCUGGUCUCCGAGGUUAUCAGCGCCGGGACGGACACCAGCGCCACCGCGCUCGAAUGGGCGCUGCUUCAUUUAGUUAUGGACCAGGAGAUUCAGGAGAGAUUGUAUAGAGAGAUUGUGGAGUGUGUGGGGAAGGACGGUGUGGUUACGGAGAGUGACGUGGAGAAGAUGCCUUACCUGAGCGCCGUCGUCAAGGAGACUUUCCGGCGCCACCCGCCCAGCCACUUUGUCUUGUCGCACGCCGCCACCGAGGAGACCAAGCUCGGCGGGUAUACCAUCCCGAAGGAGGCGAGUGUGGAGUUUUACACGGCGUGGUUGACGGAGGAUCCGAAUAUGUGGAAGGAUCCGAAUGAGUUCCGACCCGAGAGGUUUUUAACCGGGGAUGGGGUUGACGUGGACGUGACGGGGACGAAAGGGGUGAAGAUGAUGCCGUUCGGCAUCGGAAGGAGGAUUUGUCCAGCUUGGAGUCUUGGCAUUCUGCACAUAAACUUGUUGCUGGCUAAAAUGGUGCAUGCUUUUCACUGGUUGCCCAUACCCAAUAACCCCCCCGACCCCACUGAGACUUUCGCUUUCACUGUUGUCAUGAAGAACCCUCUCAAGGCUGUUAUUGUGCCCAGAUCCAUUUACUGAAAACGUGCGUGAUAAAAUAACAUGCGCAGAAACGAGGUACCUAGGUUCUUUUUUAUUGGCUGUUCCCGAUGAUUGCUCAUCCUUGCACUUCCCAUCAAUUUCUAUAUUAUUUAUAAAUAGGCUAAUAGAUAUUUAGUCAUAGUAUAUGGUAUAAAUAUAUUGCACAUGCAAUUUUCUUCUUCCAAUGUGCGUCUCUGCUACAUAAUGAAGGUCAUCUAAUCAUAUAUUAUAUAUAUAUAGUAUACUAUCCAACUUUUUUUA